AUGAUCACGCACAAGCAGGGAGCUAUCGUUCCACAAAUUACGACCAGUACAUUCGCUCAAGCAGUAGAGAGGAAGUACAGGAGCAUGGAGAAAACUUUGGACGAGUGGAAGCGCAAAUCUGAAGAACUAAGUACAGAGUUGGCCAUUUGCCAAAAAGAGGUGCGCUGCAGAGCCGCAGAAAUAUUCAAAUUGGAAGCUGCAUUGGAGGAAGCAACAGAAAAAGAAGAAGCGUUGCGCAGAGAAAACAAAGGCCUGACCGAAGAGUUGCAUAGUAUCAACGAACAGUUGGGACAAGGCGGAAGCUCCUUCAACGAAAUGCAGCGGCAAAACCGUCGUCUGGAACUUGAAAAACAAGAGUUGCAAAACACUGUUGAAGAAACUCUGACUCAACUCGAAGCUGAGGAAACCAAAGUUUCCCAGUACCAGCUGGAAAUUGCACAGCUGAAACAGGAUAUGGAAAAUCGGUUGAACGAAAAAGAAGAGGAGUUCCAAAAUACGCGGCUAAAGAAGAAACUUGAGUCUGACGUGACGGCACACGAGGUCGCCCUGGAACAAGCGAACAGAGCAAACGCAGAGGCACAGAAAAACCUCAAGAAUUAUCAAGAGCAGGUGAAGCAGCUGCAGAGUCAGAUUGAAGAGGAGCAAAAAAUGAGGGACCAACUCGCUGAAAGCCUUGAAAGAGAGGAGCGACGCGUGCACUCAUUACAGAACGAAAUCGCCGAUAUCUCGGCUACGUUGGAGACGGGCUUGAAAUUGAAGCGCCAGGCGGAAAUCGAUCUGGAAGACUCCAAGAUUCAAAUUAACGAGUUGCAGGCGUCGAACAAUUCCCUUGCAACUAACAGCCGCAAAUAUGAAGGCGAGAUACAAAUGUUGCAGGUAAGAAGGAAUCGUUUCAUACAAAGGAGCUGCCAAUUGUCUUAUAUCGCUUUAUUCGUUUCAAUUAUAGUAAGCGACUAAAA